CUUGUUGUUGUGCAAGCUGCGACCGCAAUACACGUUCUCACAUACACGAAAAUCGCAGCCGCCCUUGUUGGGAAUGGUCGCGCUGGCUAUAGCCUUGCCGCCGCCAUCCGUGCACGAGAUCCGUCUGGAAUGCGACAUGUUUGUUACGCGGAUCAAUUUCGAUUUACGAAUAGCGCACUGUGAACCAAGGGUAUCCGACUUGCUGGACUAUUCUCCGGAGGAUCUGGUCAAUAAGAGCAUGUACAGCUUGUGCCACGCCGAGGACGCUAUCCGGUUGAGAAAAAGCCACAUGGAUCUGAUCGAGAAGGGCCAAGUCCUUACAGGUUAUUUUCGGCUGAUGAAUAAGAAUGGCGGCUACACUUGGCUACAGACCUGCGCGACAGUUGUUUGCAGUACGAAAAACGCAGAUGAACAAAACAUUAUAUGCGUGAACUAUGUCAUUAGUAAUCGAGAGAAUGAGAAUCUCAUAUUGGACUGCUGCCAGUUGGAGCCCAGUGUGGACUGUAUUAAGCACGAGGAGCUUGGCACUGAUAAGAAUUCGGGUUCACCAAGUGGCGAUGCCGCACCCGAAGGUCAAGCGGGAGUGGGAGGAGACACAAAAUCAUCAUCUCCCAAGGCUGAUGGAGAUGGGCACCACCAGCGUCCCCGUGGGCGCAGUACGAACUCAGCGGCCAAUACCAGCGCCAACAGUUUAACGUUAGUGAAAGAUAGUCCAAAUUCUGUAAACGUCGAAAUGGAAAAUACGGCGAGUUCCUUGCCGGUAACUGUAGCUACACCAGUGAGUACGCCCAAUACAACAACAAAACGCAAACGAAAAUCCAAAGCUUCCAUGCAAAUGGAAGAUACCCCGGAAGCUAGUGCGGUUAGUACACCGGUGGCAGAUUCACAGCCGCAAUCCAAAAUAGCAGCAAUGGAGCGGGAGGCACCGCGCAGCCGUCUGCCGUCAACGGUCGAGCAGAUGUCGCAGCCGCAGCAGCACGUUCAGCUCUCGCAACAGCAAUUGCAGCCGCAGCAGCAAUCGCAACAGCAGCAGCAACAACAUUCUGAGGCGUCAGUGAAAGAUUUAGAAAAUGCUAUGUCGAAACACCUGCCUUCACCCGGAGUGAACGCCAGCGAGGCUACACCCGCUGCCACCGAUUUUAGCGCCGAUGCACUGUUGAAGCAACAACAACAACAGCACGAAAAAAGCAGCACAAUUCAAUGGAUUGGGACACCGCACUAUCAGCAGCCUGCCCCCAUGCCAGCCACCGCACUACUAAGGCAGCUGUACGCGAACCGCGAAAGCGUCAUUAGAGCAACCGCCAGACAAACACCAACGGGUGUAUUCUACGGAGACCAGCAAAGCGGACCGCUGCCCACGCCCCCAGGCAGUGAGUCCUCUUACGACAACCACCAAUACCUGCAACUUCACCCCGCUCAUCCGCAAAAGUCAUCGUCCGAUGCAUUCACGAACCUGGUAUCGACAUACGGCGGAUAUCACAGCUCCAUCGAUUACCACAACGCAAUGACCCCGCCCAGCUCAGUAUCUCCGCGGGACACCACCAACAACUUAAAUGCAACCAAGGCGACCUCACACAACAGCAACGGUUACGACUACAGUGAUCCACUACGCGUUCAAUAUGCAACACCCAACAAUGCCGGCGAGAGCGGCAGCACACCCGCCCUUCCCCUCAAACCUCAACCCUACUCAGCCGCGACGGCCACCAUGCACCAUCCGCACUCGUCUGCCGACCCCACCAGCAUCACCUACAGCAAUCUGGAUCAGCCACAGUACUUUGCUCCGCAUUCCAGCUUCCAUUUGUACCACAAGGGUACACCAACAAGUGGCUGGUACUCGACACCGUCAUAGGUCAGCCUACCGGACUGCGAUUUGCAGCGGCAGUGUGGACAUCACCAAGAACAGUCCUUACAGCAAGCCCAGCUGCAUCCGAAAGAAGGCUGGGACAUUGUGGGUGCACUAGGCAAAGUUGCAAGAAUGUUCUUCAACGCCCGGAGAGGGAAUUAAAAGCGAUGAUGCGAUACGACGAUGCAAACACUUUUUGGGUGGUGGUCCGUAGCUCCUCUUUUGCAUGCGCUCGGCCGGAAAGUAAUGAAUAUAUACAUACUUAUGUAUGCACAAACAUGAUUUGUCUAACAAGAUAAACACAUUUGUAUGUAUAUGCAUCCAUAAAAACAUACAUACAGUCCCUCAAUGAAGUUUAGAAACAGCGAACUUUUUACAAUACCGGCAACUAUUUAUUAUUCAUAUUUAUUUCUCGCUAUUUUUUUUUUUUAAUAUUGUUAAUUAUACAACAAAAUCCCCGAAAAUCAGACUUCUAAAUCUUGUGGAAAAUUAAAGAAAAUUCCGCAAAAUUUCAUUCAAGUAUUGCAGUUUUUUACGCUCUUUAGAAAAGAGCUGAGUACGCAGUUUUUUAGCCCAUUCAAUUUUAAAACCAGAGUUCCAAAUCUUGUGGAAAAUUAAAGAAAAUUCCGCAAAAUUUCAUUCAAGUAUUGCAGUUUUUUACGCUCUUUAGAAAAGAGCUGAGUACGCAGUUUUUUAGCCCAUUCAAUUUUAAAACCA